AUGGCUCCUAAAUCAAAGAAGUUUAGCACAUUAGAUUUCGUGCCAACAAUCAGUGACAGCGAAUCUGAUGUUCCUGAUUUAGAUGUUUCUGAUGAGGAAGUUCCAAAAGUAGAAGAACCAAAGAAAAAGAACAAAAAGAAAUCCAAACAACUUAACACACCUAAGGAUGGUGAGGAUGAGGAAGGUCAUGAAGAUAUUAAUAAUGACUUUAAGUUUGAUGUUGAUAACGACGAAGCAAAUACUGGAUUCAAAGGUUGGGAUUUCUUAAAUGACACUGGUUCGAAUGGUAAUGGUGAUGAAAUGGCUAAAAAAGAUGUCGAUUUGGAUCAAAUUAUCAGAAGAAAAGGUGGUUUGAUUAAAAUGGCACACGUCGAUGAUAGUGAAGAAGAAGAAGAAGAAGAAGAAGAAGAAGAAGAAGAAGAAGAAGAAGAAGAACCUCAACAUGAAUCCGACGAUGAUGAAUUAGCUAUGGAUGGUUUUGGUAUGGGCACAUCUAAAAAAGAAGUUGAAAAAGAAGAAGAGGAAGAAGAAGAAAAAGAAGAAAAAGAAGAGGAAGAAGAGCAAGAGGUAGGGGAAGAAGAUGAUGAUGCUGAUUCUGCAGAUGCAGUCAAUCAAUUUUAUGCUCCUGAAAGUGAAUCACUAGAAGCAAAGGAACAAACCCAUUCCAACUUUAACUCUUUGGCUCUUUCUCGUCCUGUUCUAAAGGGUUUGAGCAACCUAGGAUACUCUACACCAUCUCCAAUUCAAAGUGCCACAAUUCCUAUUGCGUUACUUGGUAAGGAUAUUAUUGCCGGUGCAGUUACAGGUUCUGGUAAAACUGCAGCUUUCAUGAUUCCUAUCAUCGAACGUUUAUUAUACAAACCUGCAAGAGUUGCUUCCACAAGAGUUAUUGUAUUAACACCAACCCGUGAACUGGCUAUCCAAAUUUCUGAUGUAGGUAAAAAGAUAGCCCAAUUUGUCCCAGACAUCACUUUUGGUUUGGCCGUCGGUGGUUUGAAUCUAAGACAACAAGAGCAACAGUUAAAAUCUCGUCCAGAUAUUGUCAUAGCAACACCAGGUAGAUUUAUUGAUCAUGUUAGAAACUCUCAGAGUUUUAAUGUUGAUUCUGUUGAAAUUAUGGUUAUGGAUGAAGCCGAUAGAAUGUUAGAAGAAGGUUUCCAAGAUGAAUUGAGUGAAAUCAUGGAACUCUUACCGACCAAAAGACAAAAUUUGUUAUUCUCUGCAACUAUGAAUUCUAAAAUUAAGCAACUAAUAUCACUUUCAUUAAGGAAACCCGUUAGGAUUAUGAUAAACCCACCGAAACAAGCUGCCUCAAGAUUGAUCCAAGAAUUUGUAAGAAUUCGUAAAAGAGAUCAAUUGAAACCUGCCCUUUUAUUUAAUCUAAUUAGAAAAUUAGAUAACAUGGGACAAAAGAGAAUUGUUGUCUUUGUAGCUAGAAAGGAGCUGGCUCACAGAUUGAGAAUUAUUUUAGGGUUAUUAGGUAUGAAAGCUGCGGAGUUACACGGUUCUUUGUCACAGGAACAACGUUUGGACUCUGUUAGCAAAUUUAAAAGUUUAGAAGUACCUGUUCUAAUUUGUACCGAUUUAGCCUCCAGAGGUUUAGAUAUUCCAAAAAUUGAGGUUGUCAUAAAUUAUGACAUGCCUAAGAGUUACGAAAUUUACCUUCAUAGAGUUGGUCGUACAGCUAGAGCUGGUAGAGAAGGUCGUUCCAUUACAUUCGUUGGUGAAUCGACUCAGGAAAGAAGUAUCGUGAGGGAUGCUAUCAAUAGUGUUGAAAAUGUUAAUAAGACUGCUGCAAAGGGUCAAAGAGGUAAGGCUCUAGGUAGAAAUGUUGACUGGACCAAAGUAGAAGAAACCAAUGAAUUGAUAGAAAAAAAUACAGAUACUAUUGAUGAGAUUUUAGAGGAAGAGAAACAAGAGAAAGAUAUUCUUAGAGCAGAAAUGCAAAUCAAGAAAGGUCAAAAUAUGUUAAAACACAAGAAUGAGAUCCAAUCUAGACCAAAGAGAACAUGGUUCCAAUCUGAAAAGGAUAAAAAGAAUAAUAAAUUACUCGGUGCCCUGUCCAAGACUAAGAAGGAAAGUAACAGUAAGAAGAGAAAGAGAGAUGAAGCAUUAGAAGAAGGUGGCCGUUCCUAUAAAAAGACCCAAAAUGAUCGUACCACCGACCAAGAGCGUACUUAUAAGAAACAGAGAGUAGGUAAUGGUAAAAAUAAAAAGAAGGGUGGCAGAAGGUAA